AAGACGGCAGCCUAAUGCGAUAGAAAGCAAGGGUCCCGCCGCACUUCCCGUGUACGGCUCGCGCUGACUGCUUACUUUAACAAUCUCCCCUCCUUCCGAUCCAACACCUUUCGUGGCACCCCGGUAUGUGCAUAGAAGGGCGUAUUGUCACAUGAUCUCGAGAGUACUGGUAUAAGAAGAGGGCAUCUCCCAGUUCUAGAAGGCUGCCCAUCUUCUCGCCUUCGCUCUCGCGAUAUGGCGACACAGCAAGCGGAUUUUACCACUGAUCGGCAUCCCGUUGAGCUUGAUACGCGCCGCCCCGAUGGCACGCAGAAACUUGAACCUCCGCCUAAUCCUAGCCAUGAAGAUGAGGCUACAGCAAUACAAUAUCCUCGCGGCAUCCGGCUUCUUUUGAUCACUGUUGGGCUCGUCCUAAGCAUCUUCACUUCUGCCCUCGAUUCGACUAUAAUCUCGACAGCCAUACCAGCUAUCACCACGGACUUCGGGACCAUUAGCGACAUUGCGUGGUACGGCACGUCGAUGGUUAUCACCCACACCGCAUUCCAGUCGUGCUGGGGUAAAGCAUACAAAUACUUUUCCCUGAAGACCGUCUUCCUGCUGUCAUUGCUGGUCUUUGAGAUUGGUAACAUCAUAUGUGCGCUCGCACCUAACAGCGAAAUACUGAUAUUCGGUCGUAUCAUAGCUGGCUGCGGCAGUGGUGGUAUAAUGACCGGAGCAUUUAUCAUAAUUGCGUACACAGCUGGACCAAAGUACCGCACUCUAUACAUGGGCGUACUUGGUGUCACGUUUGGCUGCUCAGGCGUCCUCGGACCUCUCUUAGGAGGAACGCUGACUGAUGGUCCAGGCUGGCGGUUUUGCUUUUGGAUCAACCUGCCUAUCGGGUUCGUCGCAGCUUCCACAAUGUUCAUCUGCUUCAAACCUCCUAUCAAACCUAAAGAAGCUACGCUUUGGGAGAAGAUUUUCCAGCUCGACUUCAACGGCGGUCUGCUUGUUGCAUCUUCACUCUCCUGUUUCGUGUUAGCCAUGCACUGGCUCGGCAAGUAUCCCUCGACCAGUGCGCGCGUUAUAGGAAGCUUUGCUGGGUCUGCUUCAUUGAUCGUCUGCUUCAUCAUCAAUGAGUGGGUGAUGGGUCAGAGAGCCAUGAUUCAGACUAGUCUCCUGAAGAACAAGAUAGUGCUCGCAAACGCCUGUUAUAUCUUCUUCCUGGCUGGGGCCUACUUCCCGCUGCUGUACACCCUGCCAGUUCAGUUCCAGUCUGUCAAUAACACCUCAGCUUCACAAAGCGGCAUUCGACUGAUACCGCUUGUACUGGGGAUCUCGGCCGUUACGAUGAUGGCGAACGGUCUUCUUACCGUCUGGCGCCAUUACAAGCCUCUCCUUCUGAUGGGUGCUGUCUUCGCUAUAGUCGGUAAUGCCAACAUCUACAUGUCUACCGCACGCACACUCACAAGCGAGUGGGUGGGUUACGAGAUCCUCACUGCCAUCGGAAUCGGCAUGGCACUCCAGAUCCCGGUCAUCGCUAACCAGGCUUCAGUCUCAGCAGAUGACAUGGCGGCUGUGACAACGCUUACACUGUUUAUGGAAAACUGUGGAGAGACGCUUUUCGUUGCGUCAAGUGAGGGAGCUUUCACGAAUGGUUUGCUAUCGAGCCUUGCAGACAGACUGCCAGAUGUUGACCCAAAGACUGUACUGGAUGCUGGCGCAACACAGGUUCGGAGUCUCUUCAGUGGUGGAGAACUCGAACAGGUACUGCGGAGCUAUCUCGAUGGAUGCAAGACUGGCCACCUCAUUACUGUCGCAUGCGGUGCAAUGGCUGGCUUGAUUUCCUGCACGAACGCAGGACCAGCGGUGUUGAUCUGGUUGAAGGCGAAGAUAAAGAAACCACACGAGCGAUAGAUAGUGGUUAUUUCAGAUCUCGAGAUUUAGGAGAUGAAAUGCAGUUUACUUAUAACUAUCUUCUCUUGUGUCGGUCCGGAUGGUGCAGACGCUUUUACAUCCGUGCC